AUGUCACUACAUGGAGUCCCAAUACUGGGAUUUUUUAUCAUAGCUAUCCUGAUGGAAUCAUCAGCUAUCAAAGAGGACCAUGUGAUCAUCCAGGCUGAAUUCUAUCAAAUCCCUGAACAAGAAGGAGAGUAUAUGUUUGACUUCGAUGGUGAUGAAAUUUUCCAUGUGGAUAUGAAAAAGAAGGAGACAGUCUGGCGGCUCAAAGAAUUUGGACAAUUUGCCAGCUUUGAGGCUCAGGGUGCCUUGGCCAAUAUAGCUGUGGACAAAGCCAACCUGGACAUCAUGAUAAAACGCUCCAACCACACACCCAUUGAAAAUGAACCUCCAGAAGUGACGGUGCUUUUAAGAAAUGCUGUGGAAGAUGGAGAGCCCAACAUCCUCAUCUGUUUCGUUGACAAAUUCACCCCACCUGUGCUCAAUGUCCAAUGGCUUAAGAAUGGAAAACCUGUCACCACAGGAGUCUCAGAGACAGUCUUCCUGCCCAGAAAUGACCACCUUUUCCGCAAGUUCUACUAUCUACCCUUCCUGCCCUCAACGGAGGAUUACUAUGACUGUCAAGUGGAUCACUUAGGUCUCGACAAGCCAGUCCUCAAGCACUGGGAGUAUGAAAUGAAUUCCCCUCUCCCAGAGACAACAGAGAAUCUGAUUUGCAUCCUGGGCCUGAUUGUGGGUCUGGUGGGCAUUGUUGUUGGUACCAUCUUCAUCAUCAAGGGUGUGCGCAAAGGCAAUGCAGUUGAACGCCGUGGGCCUCUGUGA